AGUUGCAGAUACUAAGAGAGAUCCGAUUACCAGCCACUAUACUUCGGGAAGUAUAGCAUGGCGUCGUUGGGUAACGCAAGGACCGGAGCCGGCGGAGCAAGAAGUCCAAUCAUUUGCUUCAACUGCAACCAAGUUGGCCACAUGGCGAGAGACUGCCCAGUGGGCAGGGGGCAAGGCGCCUUCACUAACAACGCGAAGUACUGGCAGUCAAGGAAGGAGAAUGAAGAUUGUAUGAAUCGAGUAGUGAGAUGGGCAGAUUACAAGAUGCAGAAGGAAAUGGAGAAAGAGGAGAACAAGAAGGCGGAAGAGGAGAGAAGAAGGAUGGAAGCUGAACGCAGAAAGCAACAAAUGGAAGAGGAGAAUCGGGAUGAGAGGAUUCGAAGGAUGAUCCUGGAGGAGUGCGACCAGAGAGAGAAGAAAAUUGAGGAGGCGGAGCUGAGAACGAUUGCUGCAGUAUCAAGGGACCUAUGGAACUUCCGAGCUGAAAUAAGAACGGAAAUCCAGAUGGUGCUAGCUGUAAACUCCAAGACCCCGAAACGGGAUAGAGAGGCGUUUGCGAACGGACUUGAUACUUACCUUACGAAGGAAGAGGUUCUGAUGGAUGAUGAGUCGAAAAUACCGCCGAAGAGAGCAAGAGGGAAGCGAAUAGCGAGGAAUUACAUAGCACCGAACGACUUGGAAGAAGAAGCACGAGUCAUGUCAAGAGCGGACUACGAGAAGAGCCUGAGACGGAAGACCAGCACGCCGAUGAAGAACGGCUCCCCAGGGAAAGAGAACCCAGCAUUGUGCAGUAAUGGGAACAUGAAUGCCAGGGACAGAGGGAAAGGGUACCUACGACAGCUCCUAGAGAUGCCCUUGAAACGGAAGGAACUUGCCCUUUUGCCUGUGGAUAAACUCAUGCACCUCUAUAACUGUGCGGCGACAUUUAAGGAGAAGGAAAAAAGGAGGAUGAUCAAGGACUUCCUAGAAAAAGCAGUUGGCAGAAAAGUUGGGGUGAACAUUCGGAACCGUGUUACAGUCCGGGUCAGAUACAGUAAAGAAGUUAAGAAGAGUGGCAUCAGGAACGUCCUGAUCACCCAGAUCGAGAGCUGUGGUUUACACCCCGCGAUCGCGGGGAUAUUCAAAAGGAAGGCGAGAGUAGUCUGGAGAAGGAACAGAAAUGUAGCAGAGAUUCUCUGCAACUACAAGCAGCUUAGCAAGAAGCCGAAGUUGCAAUGUACAUGCAAGCAGUAUGACUUACCCAUCGUCAAGGGACACGUCCUCACAAGGAUAGGAGAUGUCACGGAGCUGCCAUCACUGUUGCUGAAUGGGAAGAAUGUGGUUCGCCCGAGGAUCGAGACGACAGAAGAUGAGCGAAGCAAGCACUGCGACACGGACGAACGACUAGUCUACUCAGUUAAAAAGAAGUUCGGAGACCUGUUAAUCACACAAGUUGACAGGAAUGCGGGAGACCUUGUGCUGAUGUGUCCUUCGACAUAUCAGCAUGGACUAGAUAAACUGUUCUCCUGGAGCCUUGCCUAUGACGAAGUCAGUAGCAGCGAAGCGGAGAUUCUGAAGGUGAUGAAGGACUUCGUAGAUCGUGGCCUGCACAAGCUAGUUAACUGGAACUUGAAGGGGAGGAUUGGUCAAUCGUACUUUCUGCCCAAGCACAAAGAUCUCAAAAGAUGGCGGCCCAUCGCUCCAGCAUGCAGUGAACCUACUAUGACCGGCAGCAGAUGGAUUGCUAGAGCACUCAAUUUUCUGUUGGAGAAGCUCCCUGGAGUGGAGCAUUUCAAUCUCACUGCGACAGCCUUGCUUAAGCAGAAUCUGAAGAAAGCAGAAAAGAAGCUUCAGCAGUAUGGCAAGGACACGAUGACUAUCUGUGGGGGGUUUGACAUUAAGGAAAUGUUCACAUCCCUCCUGCACUCAGCCAUCAUGGAGGCACUUUCAUGGCUACUGGGAGAAUGGGAGAAGAAAGGAUACCAGAAGAUCACAGUUUGCAAGAGAAGAAAGCAAGUCACGCUUGGGUUGAAAACGUUCGGGAAAGGCCACGUCAAGUUUUCCUUCAGUUACAUCCAGAGUUUUGUAUCCUUCGAGCUGCAGCACACCUACACUACAUGUAGAGGAAAGCUGCUGAGGCAGGUCAUAGGAGUGCCAAUGGAGAAGAACUCCAGUCCCCCGCUGGCCUGCCUACUUUGUGCAAGGUAUGAAGACGGGUUUCAAAGAUCACUGGGCAGCGAUCGGAAACUCGUCCAUGGGGUGAGAUUCAUGGAUGAUGCGAUGUUGGCAGUUGUCUGCAAUCGAAGAAAGGAAGAGUCCAUCAGCAGGGCGGUGGAGAUACUAACGAAGUUUGGGAGUUGUUAUGGUGAUAAGCUAUCCCUGGUCCCGGUGGUCCGCAUGGAUGACGGAUCUAACACCAUCGAGUUUGUUGGAUCGAAGCUCACGGCAGUACCUGGGAAGACCUUGUUCCUGCUUGAACCAAAGACCAAGAACGGCUUGAGUGUCCAGAUGGGGGAAGUGCAGCAGCGUCUUGUCCACCGCUGCUUUCAGGAUUUUAGUUCUUACUCGGACAAGCGAGCGAAACUGGGAGCGAUAAUCGGAUGUUUACACCGUAUUCAGCAGAUGGCAAACAGCGAGAGUACCUUGCUCUUACCAGUUUUGGCUCUGAAAUACGAGCUCCUACGCUGGGGUUACCCCCCGACGUUCUUCUUCAGCGCCCUAACACGCUUUGCUUAGGGCACCAGCGUUCUCAAGGAGCCUUGGCUAAGGCUGCUUGAGAACCU